AUAACUUUUCCAACUAUUUAUUGAAAAAUAUUACUUAAUUUUAAUUUAAUUUGUUCAGUAAAAUGGUUGUGACAUUGGAUGAAAAGUGGAUAGGGAAAGUAGCAAUAGUAACUGGAGCUAGUUCUGGAAUCGGGGAAGCCAUUGCUGAAAGAUUGGUUGAAGAAGGCAUGCAGGUAGUAGGUCUAGCUAGAAGAAAAGAAAGGCUAGACCAAAUAGCAAAACGUGUUACCGGAAAAAAGGGAAAAUUUUACCCCAUCAAAACGGAUAUGAGCAAAGAAGAUGAUAUUCUGAGUUCGUUCAAGUGGGUCAAAGACAAUUUGGGUACAGUUCAUGUAAUGGUUAAUAAUGCUGGAAUUUCUAAGUUGAGUCUAUUUACGGAGAGUGAUACCAAAAGUUGGACAGAUGUUCUUCAGGUGAACGUAAUUGGUCUGUCAAUUGCUACAAGGGAAUCUAUAAAGUCUAUGAGGGAAGGUAAUUUCGAUGGUCAUGUAGUAAGCAUUAAUAGCAUUUUGGGACAUCAUGUAGCCAAUUUUCCUUUGUCUAAUAUGUAUUCACCUAGCAAACAUGCAGUGACGGCAAUACACGAAGUUCUUAGACAAGAAUUGGCUAGUAUGGGAUCUAAAAUUAAAAUUACGGAUAUCAGUCCUGGAAUAGUUGACACUGAUUUAAUAACAGAAAGCAGUAAAAAAAUUGGCGCUUUAAAUUUUCUCAAAACCCAAAUAGAUUUUCUUCAACCUAAAGAUAUUGCCGAAGCAGUUGUCUACGUUCUGUCUACCCCAUCUUCAGUACUAGUUAACGAACUGAUAAUUCGACCUGUGGGAGAAGUCGUCUAAAGUUUUUUUAUUAUAUUUCUGUAAUAUGUUGUUAAAAUAUUGACUUUAAUCAACAGAUAAUAAAAAUCAGAUUUCUG